AUGCUCAUUCUUCUCAUCACUGGCAGCGCAUCGAAGGAGCUGAAGGCGCAGGUGCGCGCGGUGUUGGUCGAUGAAGCGCAACUUUUCAGCGCUUCGGAGGCCUCAGAAGUCGAGAGCAGCAGCGUGUUUGUGCUGUGCAUCGAUGCCGAAGACUCGGCGGUCAUGGAGCCGCUCUACCAGGGCUAUCACUACCGCUUUAUCUGGUCUGCACAGAGCUCGAUGGCGGAGCUGGUGUCGGCCGUGCGCCACCUCCUCGACUCGAUCGCCUCUGCUCAAGCGCACAAAGACAAGCGCAUCGGCGGCUUCUUCAUGAGCACCCGCGGCGCCUCCGAGGCGUCGAACUUCCUGGACGUUGUCCGCGACGGCUUGGCGAGCGACGGGGGGCUGUACAUUCUCAAGCAGAUUCCCACGAUGCCGGACUCGCAGAUAUACUACUUCUGCAAGCAGCGCAACCUCCCCUACGUGGAGGCGGCGGCGAUGAUUCUGGAGCAGCUCGUGGACGCGAGCAUCACCCCGUCCACGCUGUAUCCCUUGAUUCUCCAGGCCUACGACCCUAGUCGCUGGUCCGACAAGGACGACAUAUGCCCCUUGACGCCGCUUCUGAUGAGCGGGGAGACCACGCCGACCAGGGAAGGCGAAGCUGACGCAGUGUACGGCCUCAUCCCGUCCGCCUCCUUCAACGCACCUGAGCGGUGGGCGGCGAAUAUGUCGGUAAUGGAACUUUUCCAUGGCCCCACAGCCGCCUUCAAGGACUUCGCCCUCCAGCUCUUUCCGCGCUGCUUUGGAGCGGCGACUGUCACGGAGGCGAAGGACAAGUACAUCAUCCUCGCCGCCACCUCCGGCGACACCGGCGUUGCGGCGAUCAGCGGUUUCGUCAACGCGGGCGGGCACUCGCAGGUCAUGGUGCUGUACCCCAUGCGUGGCGUCUCGCCGGUGCAGCAGGCGCAGAUGCUCUCCUUCGACGAUGGUACGCAGGUGCGGGCCUACGCGGUGGACUUGAACUUCGACUUCUGCCAGCGCACCGUGAAGGAGUUGUUCUCCAACGCCGCCCUUCGCGACGAACUCGCGGUGGCAGAGCCGACAGCAGUGCGCCUCUCAUCCGCCAACAGUAUCAACUGGGGCCGCCUCAUUCCCCAGGUGGUCUACUACUUCUGGGCGUACCGCCACCACGUGCAGCACCCGCCUGCGGGGUGGGUCUUCGGCGACCCGAUCGAUGUGGUCGUGCCGUGCGGCAACUUUGGCAACAUCCUGAGCGGCUACAUCGCCAAGAUCAUGGGGCUGCCCCUGCGAAAGUUGGUUGUCGCCUCAAACCAGAACGACGUGCUCUACAACUUCGUGAAGACCGGCACGUACGACAUGCGCAACCGCACUCUGGCGGUGACGUCGUCGCCGUCCAUCGACAUCUUGAAGGCCUCCAACGUGGAGCGUUUCCUGUACCUUCUGAGCAACGGCGACACGGGUCUAGUGGAGCGGCUGAUGAACGAGCUGGACACGAAUGGUGUCUUCACCUUACCAGACGGCGUGCGGGCAGCGAUGCAGGCCGUCUUUACCGCUGGCCGCUGUAGCGAGGAGGACUGCGCGGCGACCAUUAAAAGCGUCUUUGAGCUAUCUGGCGGCUCGCGGCUGCUCGACCCACACACCGCCGUCGCCGUCUUCGUUGCUCAGCAGUUCCGCGAGGAGGAACUCCUGAGGCGCGACCUCACCAACCCGACGUCCUCCGACACCGGCACCGAUGUGCCGCCGCUAGUAAUCGCGAGCACGGCGCACUGGGCAAAGUUCCCAGCGCCGGUGCUGCACUCGCUGCGCGGCGAGGGUGCUCAACUCGGUGAGCCGGCUCCGUCCGUCGCGGCCGCGAUUCAGGAAGUACGCGCCCUCUACGCAGAGAUCAAGAAAGCGGCCCCGAAGCAGCAGGCGCACCCGGCCCUGUCGCACGCGCUGGAUAUGGCGGAGAAGAUGGCGAAGGAGGUGCGCGCGGUCGGCGCCGAUGUGGCAGCGAUCGAGAAGGAGCUGAGGGAUUUUUCGAAGUGCUAA